AUGGGCGAGUGCUCCGAAGCCGUUCAAGACUCGUAUGCCAGCGGUGUCACUCUCGGAAAGGAAUAUAUUCCGCCAUCCCAAGUCCCUUCACAAUUCGAUCUGUCACCACUCGGCAAUCUCGGUACGACACCGCCAGAUCCUUCGUUCAUCGACGAAUCGGUCGGGACCGGAGCUGCUAGGCGCAGUCUGCCCCCGAACGCAUCUGCAAACUUAACCUCUGCUGUAUCGGAUAAUCUAGCAUACGUCGGAGAGUUCGCGGUCCUGCCAAAUCAUAGGCCGCUGCCUUCCGAGGCCUCGAUCGUUGUCGGGUCCUUCUCUAGGACAGUCGAGGAACAAACGGUGGCUACCACAGAAGCUGACUAUUUACCACCCCAAUCGAUGAUCGUCGCCCUCACUGGGACCUAUUUCAAAUAUCUCUACCAUAGGAUGCCUGUUGUGGAUCGUCAGGACGUUGUUCCCACGUGCCACUCCACGCUUCUGCUACAGUCUCUAUGCCUAGCGGGGUCUAUUCUCCGUCAUCCAAAGUCAACGACAAGUCUUGUGGAGAGCGAAAAAUACUACUCAAGAGCAAAAGCACUAUUCUACACAAACCACGAACGCGAUCCCAUUACCAUACUCAAGGCGUUGUGUCUCCUCGCAUUGUGGAAUGUCACUCCUCCUGCUGUGAUAACGAUCGACAACAGCUGGAAUUGGCUAGGUCUUGCUAUCCGUCUUUCCUUUCAAAUGGGCCUUCAUCGGGAAUCAACGUACUCGCAAAGAUCUACCCCAGGCUGUGCUCGCAGAAUAGGGUGGUUUCUCUAUGCGCAUGACAAAUUGCAAGCGGCUUGCUUUGGCCGGCCCCAAAUGAUCAAGUCACAAGACUUUGAUUUAGAUCCACCGCGUGUCACAGACUUUGAAGACGCUCAAAUGGAACAAGCCCGUUUGUUCAUCCUCUACGCAAAGUUGACGACCAUUUUAGAGAAGAUGUUGCCCCUUCACCACCGGGGAGUUUCUACCGGUCCAGACGAAGCUUUAUCUGUUCUCUCAGAUUUAAAGAAUUGGGUGGCAAUCAUCCCACCGGAUAUUCGACUAUUUGAUGAACGAGGCAAUAGAAUCUACGAACGUGGCUUCUAUGAAAUUCUUACUUGGUAUUUUACUUGUAUCAUUACAUUUUUCCAUGUCCAUGGACGACUUUUCCACCCUUCAGCCACAUUCACGAUAACCUUGGUGGCGUCUUCAUGCAUGAUCCGCCUCUAUCAAGAGAUGGACUACCGAGACGACAUUAACUAUCUCAUGUCCAUUAACAAUUGGUCCAUGAUGGUAGCUGCGCUUCCUCAACUCAGCAGCAUCCGCAACGAGAACAUCACCAUUAACCCCGGAGACGAAAAUCGGCGUCGUGAUCCACUAGAAUUGGAAGAGCUAGAUAUUCUUUUGGGGGUCCUUGCUCAAAGAACACUAAAGUUCCCCGGUGCGAGGGCAAUAGUUGAAAGAAUUCUGCGCUGCAAAGCCGAGAUAUUGUCACAUGGUGGUUCACUAAAUCAAUUACCAGGGCUUGAAGACACAAGGAGAGCGUCGUGGGACCCGAUUUGGAGAGAAUACACUCCCAUGCCGAGAGUACACGAGUUAUUUCCAUUCGAUCAGCAAUUGAGCCCGAGAAUAGAGCUACUGUCCACGAUGGAAACGGAAAACUCUACAAACGGACUUUUCGAAGGUUUCACGGACUGGUCAAUAGAGAGUCUUUUAAAUCUAGAUACACUCAACUCAUUUGUCUCUUAG